AUGUCUUCAGUCCUCAGCAUGAGGAUCUGCCUGCUCGCCAUGGCGUGCCUCAUCUACCCUGUGGUGAUGUUCUCCUUCAAGCAGAUGACAGAGUGGAUAGAGAACUAUGCUCAAAGCUUGACGGAGAAAACUGAGGAUCUGAAGUGGCAGAGGAAGCUGGCUGAAGAUCUGCUGCACCAAAUGCUGCCAAAGUCGGUUGCCAAGCAGCUGAGGAAGCAAAGACAGGUUGAAGCUGAGAGCUAUGAAAGGGUGACCAUUUUUUUCUCAGAUAUUGUGGGCUUCACAUCCAUCUCUGCAUCCUGCACUCCUCUGCAGGUGGUGGAGAUGCUUAACAACUUGUACAUGUGCUUUGACACUCGCAUCGACUCCUAUGACGUCUAUAAGGUGGAGACAAUUGGAGAUGCCUAUAUGGUGGUGAGUGGUCUACCUGAGAGGAAUGGUGACAAACAUGCAGAUGAGAUUGCCAAGAUGGCCCUGGACUUGUUGGCGGCGGUCAGGCAGGUGUCCAUCCCUCAUAUGCCCAACGAGAGGCUACAGCUCCGAGCCGGCAUUCACACAGGUCCGUGUGUGGCAGGAAUAGUGGGCUACAAAAUGCCAAGAUACUGUCUGUUUGGAGAUACAGUCAACACUGCUUCAAGGAUGGAGUCCACCAGCCUUCCUCAGAAAAUCCACACCAGCUCAGAAACAUACUUGGCUUUGAUGAAGGACAACGCCUAUGAGUUGCAGCUACGUGGCGAAAUUGAGGUCAAGGGUAAAGGCAAAAUGAAUACAUACUGGCUUGUUGGUCAUAAAAACUACAGUGUGCAGAAUGACAGUCUGGUUUGCAAAUGGAAUCCCAACAUGGCCAGAAAGAAGAAGGCGGCGGCCGGAAGUCUGGCAUCUGUAGGAAAUUCGUCCGUCACAGUGCAGAGUCUAAGCGACAAUGCGGCUACACCGGUUUCCCUUCCCUCUUCAGCACUGAACCAAACACCGCAGAUGCCUCGGAGAGAAAGGAUGAGUCUGAGUGUGGCUGCUCAGAUGGAGCCGUAUGGGGGAAGCUAUGGGACCCUGGGCUCCAUGAUCGGGGGGCUGCAGGGUGGAGACGAGUCUCCGGUAACCAGCCAGCAUGGUGGACUUAAACCUGACCUGCUGCCUGGUUCUAACCAGCAAAUGUGA